AAAGAGUACACACACACACACAAACAGAGAGAAAGAAGAGAGGAGUGUUGAGAAUUUGAGAGGUUCUUUUGUUUGUUGUUUCGUAAUAUCCACUCCCUUCCUAUCCUCAUUUCAUUUCUCUCUAUAUAUCUCUUCUUCUCUUAUUACUUUCUUACUUUUCAAUUCUCUCUCUCUCUCUCUCAGAGAUAUUUUUCAAAUUAGGGUUUUUGCCGAAAUUCCAAUUUCAAUUUCAAUUUCGUUGUUUCUCACAAAUUUUCCCAAUGGCCGAUUCAAUCGCCACCUCUCCUGCCCCUGCUUCUCUCCCCAGAGACCUCACCAAGAAAAAGAGGACGAACAAGAAAUUGAAGCAGAGCAAGCUCGACGUUCGGCGUGAACAAUGGCUUUCUCAAGCCUUGACUACAAGAGAUAGAAGAUUGGUCUAAGUUCUAGUGUUCUAGAUUUGAUUGUCCUAGAGUGUCUCAUGAUGCUGAUCAUAUUCUCUACUUCAAAUGGUCACAAGCUUAAUGCUAGAUGUGAAAUGAACUUUCAAGAACAAGGGAUGCAAGGUGGAUUCAAAUGGGAAGGAUGAGUCUCACUCAUCAUCCAUGCGAAUAGCCAAUGUGCAGAAUGGAUCACUGGAUAAUUUGGAAAUAAGAUCGAGAGGAGAGGAAAAUGAGGGCUCAAGCAUCCAUGAUAGUGAUUUGGAGUCCCUGAUGAAUAGCCCAAUUGGAAUCACUUUGGAUCACAAUGAUUCAAGUAAGGGUCUUACUGGGAGCAGCAGCAGUAUCACAAGCAGUGGUUGUUGCUCUGGAAACGUCAGCGAGGAAGAAGAGGAUGAUGGGUGCGUGGAUGACUGGGAGGCUGUUGCAGAUGCUUUGUAUGCAGAUGACAAUCAGCACAAACCAAUUGCAGAGUCUCCUGCCGAACCUGAAACUAGGGUUGAAUCUGAUAAUCUUGAAGUACCUAACCAUAAUCCUGGAGUGGACUUGUCCAAAACAGAGAGUGGGAAAGUGGUACCUGAAUCACGUGUGAAUUGUCGAGCGUGGAGACCUGAUGAUGCUUGCCGUCCACAGAGUCUGCCCACUCUCUCCAAGCAGCACAGUUUUCCAAUGAAAUCAGAAUGGCAUUGUGGCCGUGGAGCUAUCACGUGGACGUGGCAAAGGCUCUCAUCCCAACCUUCUUCAUGUCCUAUCUGCUAUGAGGAUUUAGAUGUCACAGACUCUAGCUUUCUGCCAUGUUCAUGUGGAUUUCAUCUUUGCCUUUUCUGCCACAAAAGGAUUCUUGAGGCAGAUGGGCGAUGCCCAGGCUGCAGGAAGCAGUAUGAUCAGAUAAAUGUCAAUAUGUGCUUCAAUGAAAGGGUCGCUCCUUUCCAAUUAUCUCGUUCUUGUAGUAUGAGUACUAGGUUUUAGAAAGACAGUUUCCAUUCUUUGAAUAUUACUUUCACACUCUCUCUCUCUUAUGUUGCAGUCUUUUUUUUCCCCUUUUAAAUUCUAGGACUUCAAUUUUCCUUAAAGACGAUAUGAGUAUAGUGAUAGAGGGGUUUGAAACAUUCAAAGAACUGAACUGGACUUUUAUUGAGUCUGAUCCUUAGCCGUAUGCUGUUUUGUGCAUGUUGAUUUAGGAAACUGAUGGAUUUCUGUGAAUACCCCCUAUAGAUACUUUGAAAAUAACAAAAAUAAAGUACAAUAGUUUUACUUUCCAA